CGAUAUGACAUUAUAAACCCAAUUUUAAUUAUUGUCAUCACUCACACAUACACACAUACACACACACACACACACAUAUAUAUAUAUAUAAUAUAUAUAUUUUAAGCAAUAAUGUAUUUUCCUGACAAUUCUGAAAUCGGAGCCGAAGUUCUCAGUGUCGUAUCGAUUACUGUCCUGUCGACUCUUUUUGGUCUCAAAUGUGCAUCAAUCGAAAGCAGGAUUUCUUAUUCUCAGCAGCUUGUCCUUACAGUAAUCGGCAUAUCUAUUGGAUUUGAUUUGAUUGCCUGCAUGCUGACGAGCACAAACAACAGAAACUAUGUAGCCUGCCUCCUCAGUGUCCUCCACUGUACUUUUAUCUACACAGCUGCCAAAAUAGCCGUUUACCUGUAUUUUAUUGAGAAAAUCUAUAUUUUAUCCGCGUCGAAAAAACCUCGUUUCAGAUCUAUCUUGUAUAUCAUCAGUCUUGGACUUCUUUUGCCACAUGUAGCAAUAGUUAUACUUAUGGUCGUUUACCGUGUCGUCGAUGUCAGCGAACAGUUUCCAUUUGUUUGUACAAUUGGAUAUGAAAUGCCUGCAUCAAUUGCCUGUACUGCCUACGAAGCCUUUAUCAACCUAUACUUUCUCUCCAUCUUUGCAAAGUUCAUUAUUCACCCCAACCACAAACAGCACACGUCCCCUAUGUCCCAUAUCAUCACUAUUGAAUCCAAACGAAACUUUGUCGGAGUCCUCUCCUCUUUUGUAGCAUCGUGUGCCAACUACGCUUUAAUGGUUGGAUUUGAUGGGCGAGAACGAGGAUUGGUAGCCAUGAGCAUUUCCACUGCUGACCUUUCAAUUGUUGCAUGCAUCAUAUUCUGGAUUUCUGCUCAUCCUGAUGAGGAACACAAUCUUAUCAAAGGUCUUGGUCAGUUUGAUGAAAACUUGCCUGUCAAACUAGCAAUCAAACAGCAUCAAGAAGUAGUUAUUGAGACCGAGCCUGCGACCCAUGGCCUUUAAAAUCCGUUAUUACUAUUAUUUUUAUCCUUAUCCUUACUCUUACUCUUACUAUUAUUCAUUUACUUCUUUCUUUUUGCUUAUAUCUAAACAUACUACACACACACACAUAUAUAUAUAUAUAUAUAUAUAGAUAUCCACAAAUCCCUCCCAUUUCUUUCAUUCCAAACUAAAACCUUCAUAUCAAACAC